GCUUGGCCAAUGCCUCUUCUGAAGCAGCCACACUGGCCUCUUGGUACCGCUGACCCCAGCCAGGCUACAGGGAUUGAUUGCAGCUGGCCUUGAAGCCAUAACUGACCCCAGCUGAGCAGGGCAAACAUUGAGGUCACCUACAAGCUACAGGCCCCUUUCCCAGCCUCAGUUCACAGCUGCCCCAGGCAGGGAGGCGGUGGCCCUUCUGUCACUAGACCAAGCCUGUGGGAGACACCAAGGCCCAGGAGCCCAGAGCCAUGAGGAGCCUCGGGGCCCUGCUCUUGCUGCUGAGCGCCUGCAUGGCAGUGAGCGCUGGCCCUGUGCCGACGCCACCCGAAGGCAUCCAAGUGCAGGAAAACUUCAAUAUCUCUCGGAUCUACGGGAAGUGGUACAACCUGGCCAUCGGUUCCACGUGCCCCUGGCUAAAGAAGAUCAUGCAUAAGUUGAAAGUGAGCACGCUGGUGCUGGAAGAGGGCGCCACGGAGUCGGAGAUCAGCAUGACCAGCACUCGCUGGCGGAAAGGUUUCUGUGAGCAGACUUCUUGGGCUUAUGAGAAAACAGAUACUGAUGGGAAGUUUCUCUAUCACGAAUCCAAAUGGAACGUAACCAUGGAGUCCUAUGUGGCCCACACCAACUAUGAUGAGUAUGCCAUUUUCCUGACCAAGAAAUUCAGCCGCCAUCAUGGACCCACCAUUACUGCCAAGCUCUACGGGCGGGAGCCACAGCUGAGGGAAAGCCUCCUGCAGGACUUCAGAGUGGUUGCCCAGGGUGUGGGCAUCCCUGAGGAUUCCAUCUUCACCAUGGCUGACCGAGGUGAAUGCGUCCCUGGGGAGCAGGAACCACAGCCAAUCCUACACCGGAGAGCCCAGAGGGCUGUGCUCCCCCAAGAAGAGGAAGGAUCAGGGGGUGGACAGCUGGUAACUGAUGCCGCCAAGAAGGAAGAUUCCUGCCAGCUGGGCCCCUCGGCAGGCCCCUGCAUGGGAAUGAGCUACAGGUAUUUCUAUAACGGCACAUCCAUGGCCUGUGAGACUUUCCAGUAUGGCGGCUGUAUGGGCAAUGCUAACAACUUCAUCACAGAGAAGGAGUGUCUGCAGACCUGCCGGACUGUGGCGGCCUGCAAUCUCCCCAUAGUCCGGGGCCCCUGCCGAGCCUUCAACGAGCUCUGGGCAUUUGAUGCUGUCCAGGGAAAGUGUGUCCAAUUCAUCUACGGGGGCUGCCAAGGCAACGGGAACAAGUUCUACUCAGAGAAGGAGUGCAGAGAGUACUGCGGUGUUCCCGGUGAUGGGGACGAGGAGCUGCUGCGCUUCUCCAACUGACAACUGGCCGGUCUAAAGUCAGAGCAUGGCCAGUGUCUCUCCCGGGGUCCUGCGGCAGGCCACACCAAGCAACCUGGGUCCAAAUAAAACCUAAAUUGUGAACCCCUGAAA